AAGAAAGCUCCCGUCUACAAAUCAGGCUCUGAUGAGGACCUGAUCAAUGUGAAGUACUCGGAGAUCUGCCACACCAAUUUGGACGUGAUGAUGAGCGAUUGGCCGCUGAAGGAGACUCCCCUACUCGGUAGCCACGAAGGUACUGAUGUUGUGGUCGCCAAAGUGGAGCUUGUGAUGAAAUUUAAGGUUAGAGAUCAUGCCAGCAUCGAG